UUGCCCGGUAUAGGGUUGGGAUUUUGGAGAUUGAUUUGGGAAUUGGAAUACUCGAAGAAGGUACAGUAGGAGAGGAGAGCCCUGCACAGCUGCAAACUGAUAAGAGUAGAACGAAGGAAGUAGAAUUCUGAAUCAGAUUAUUGGUUCAGGAAGAUGGCUCGUAAUGAAGAGAAGGCUCAAUCCAUGCUCAAUCGCUACAUUACCCUCAAAGCUGAGGAGAAGAAGAAGCCGAAGGAGCGCCGUCCUUACCUCGCCUCCGAGUGCCGCGACCUCGCUGAGGCCGACAAAUGGCGCCAGCAGAUCAUGCGAGAGAUUGGACGCAAGGUCGCUGAGAUUCAGAACGAGGGUCUCGGCGAGCACCGGCUCCGCGACCUCAACGAUGAGAUCAACAAGCUCAUCCGAGAAAAGGGUCACUGGGAACGGCGAAUCGUCGAGCUUGGUGGCCCUAAUUAUGCCAAACACUCUGCGAAGAUGACGGAUUUGGAGGGCAAUAUCGUAGAUGUUCCUAAUCCUGGUGGGCGUGGCCCUGGGUAUAGGUAUUUUGGUGCUGCAAAGAAAUUGCCUGGGGUCAGGGAGUUGUUCGAGAAGCCGCCUGAGCUCAGGAAGAGGCGAACUCGGUAUGAUAUUUACAAGAGGAUUGACGCGAGCUAUUAUGGGUAUAGGGACGAUGAAGAUGGAAUUUUGGAGAGGCUUGAGGGCCCAGCAGAGGAGAAGAUGAGGAGGGAAGCGGUGGAGGAAUGGAAUAGAUUGGAAGAAAUUAGAAGGGAGGCUAGGAAGAGUGUGAAGAGCGGGGAGGUGGUAACUUUGAGUGCUACUGCAGCUGCUAGGGAGCUCUUGCAUGAAGAGGAAGAAGAUGUGGUGGAGGAAGAGAGAAAGAAGGAAAGGGAGAUGAGGGAGAAAUUGGAGGAAAACGAGAGGCAGUUUGUGGUGCAUGUGCCUUUGCCCGAUGAAAAGGAGAUUGAGAGGAUGGUACUGGAGAAGAAAAAGAUGGAGCUCUUGAAUAAGUAUGUUAGCGAAGGUCUCAUAGAGGAGCAGAAUGAGGUGAAGUCCAUGCUUAACAUUCAAAAGUAGAUUGCCGUGUGUCCAUGGAAUUAGAGCGGCAUCAGUUUUUGAUUGGUAAUUUUUAGCUUCUCCCUUUACUUAAACAUUAGAAUUAGAACUGUAUCAAGAUCCUAAACACCGAGAAGAAUAUUUUGCCACUUGCCUCCUUGUAGUGGAUGCUUUAUUCAUUCAGAAUAGGGAGAUAAACCAUGUUGACAAGUUUCUUUUUUCUAGCUCUGAGCAGUGCGGUUUUAUGGUGUAAUUUUCAUGUUCAUUCCAUUUUCUUGUGUAAUUAAUUGAUAUAUACUGUUGUGGUUUACUUUAUACUUUGCGUUGGUCAUUUACUACCUUACUUAAAAUUUA